UUACGAGGUGGUAUAUCCAGCGAUAGCACCCAGAUAAGACAGACAUCUGUUUUAUGCUGAUACCUCUUCAUCCUACAACAAGGAGACUUCAGCUAUAGCUUCUCCUAUCCAGGCCAGAAAAAAAGCCAACAAAUCACACCAACACGAUACAAAAGCCAUGACUACCUACCAACCCAUCCACUUCAUCCCCAGCAGCCGCCAGAGCCAGAUCCUCGCCACCCCCAUCAUCUCCGCGCGCGCAGUGGGCCAUACCCAAGAAGGCGGGACCAACCACUGGUGUUUCUACCUCGAGACCUCCCCAUUGACGUGCAUCCAAUUCGACUGCCAACCAAGUCACAGCGUCCCAAGCACUCAGAUCACCGGCGGGUCCAAAGCAUAUCUUAUCAUUUCGGAGUUGGAUCGUCUACUCCCCCAUGAUGCCGAAACGGAGUUCCGACUGGAUGUUGCCCCGGGGUUGACAGUUGCUCAGAUUCUGGAUCAUCUUACGGCACAUGGACGGCACAAGUACGAGUUCGAUUCGAAUGGGGUUGGAUGCAGGUGCUGGGUUACGGAUCAGAUAAAUCUACUGUAUCAGUUGGGAGUCUUCACAAAUGGCUUCCAGGUUGAUGCUGCGAAAGAUGGGAUUCGGAAGUUGUGGCCGGACCAGACGCCACAUCCACUUGAUCAGGGGGCAUAUUAUCCGUGAUGUAUCUAAUUUCAUAGUGGUGCUCCCGGGAGGGUAGGCUGCUGAAACAUGAUGGUUCUGAUACGGCGUAAGCGAGGGUAUCAUGUGAAGAAGAUCCAAUAUACAAUCUUGAGAACGUAC